CUCAAAACUAGUAGUAAAGUUUCACCGUCUCUCUCCGCCUCUGAUUGCGAUCAAUACUCUUCAUCUUCCUCAUUGGUAUCGAUCAUCGUCAUCUUCAUAUACAUAAUUAACCAAAAAAAUGGCUGUUACAUUUUCGGAUCUGCACACCGAAUCGGGGCUCAAGUCCCUCAAUCAGUUUCUCUCCGGGAAAAAAUAUAUUUCUGGGGAUAAACUUACCAAGGAUGAUGUCAAGGUAUACGCAGCAGUUUUGGAGAAACCUAGUGCCGAUCAAUUUCCCAAUGCAAGCCAGUGGUACCAUUGCGUCUCUUCGCAUCUAGCCCCAAGCUUCCCGGGAAAAGCUGCUGGCGUGAGAAUAGCCGGCCAAGGUCCUCCAAUAGAAGCAGCUCCAGCCAAGAAGGAAGCACCAGCUGGAGAUGAUGAUGAUGACCUGGAUCUCUUUGGUGAUGAGACUGAGGAGGAAAAGAAGGCAGCAGAAGAGAGGGAGGCAGCAGCUAAAAAAUCUGCCAAGAAGAAAGAGAGUGGAAAGUCAUCUGUUCUUUUGGAUGUGAAACCUUGGGAUGAUGAGACAGACAUGAAGAAGCUGGAAGAGGCUGUUCGGAGCAUCGAGAUACCUGGUCUCUUGUGGGGAGCAUCAAAACUAGUUGCUGUUGGUUAUGGAAUAAAAAAGCUGCAGAUCAUGAUGACUAUAGUGGAUGACCUUGUUUCAGUGGAUACACUCAUAGAAGAAACACUCACGGUCGAGCCUAUCAAUGAAUACGUACAGAGCUGUGACAUUGUUGCCUUCAACAAAAUCUAAUCCUAGAUUACCGUUCCCAGGCUGUAUUAUUGUUUUGUCGUAAUUGUGUUCUAUGAGGUUUUUUUUUCUCCAGUUGUGUUCUUUCAUCUUCUGAAGUAGACAUACAAAAACUACCUGCCUAGUCUCUAUUGUUUUGAUGGCAUUUCUGUUUAGUUUCUGUAAGAUCUUAACAGAACUAUCUUUGGUUAUUUAUAGAAAAGCUUUUAUAGGCACAUGAGCUUGACUUUAGUAUUU